AUGGCGGCCAUGGGGAAACCUGAGCAGAUGGAGGUGCGCAGCCAAGAUGCGAUAACUGGUGAGGGGUCGUCCUGUUCGGCUGCUGAAAUAAAGCCUGAUUCUCACUGCGGCGAAAUAGUUGGAUCGCAAGUCCAGCUUCCAGAGCUUAACGCCAUCAAGUCUGGAGUUCCUUUGCGAGUUGAAGGGUCUUUGUAUCCAAGGACAUUCUUCAUCGGAUACACGCCCUUAUGCCGAUGCGAGAUGCUGCUCAGGCUGCCUGUGUGUCUCAUGCUUUCUCGUGCUUGGAGAUGCUAUCCCAAUCUCAUCAUUUCUGUUGAUUCACUAUGCAUAAAUGAAUAUGGAUCUCGGUAUGAUGAAUUAACAAUGGAUUUUAUCACUAGAGUUGAGCACAUUAUGCAGAAUCACUCUGGCAUGGGAGUGAAGGAAUUUAGACUACAAAGCUACCCUUGUUCCACUAUAGAUCCCAGUUAUCUUGAUCACUGGAUUCAAGUUGCCAUGGCACCUGGGAUUAAAGAGUUUGAACUAUCAUUGUUUGAAAUCGGUGACAUCAAGUACAGUUUUCCAUGUUCUCUUUUAUCUAGUGAGAGGGGAAGCUCCAUUCAGUCUUUGAUGCUUUCUGGGUGUUCUAUUCACUCCACGGCACAAGUUGGUUGCAUGAGUAGCCUGACAAAUUUAGUUUUGUAUUCAGUCGACAUCAGUGGCGAGCAACUAUUACAUUUUCUGUCCAAUUCUUGUGCUUUGGAGAAAAUUUCCCUUUCAAACUGCAAUACUAUAAUUUGCUUGAAGAUACCUUGUCAGCUGCAAAAGCUUAAUAUCCUGAGCGUGCUGGACUGCCAAAUGCUGGAGAUGAUUGACAGCAAUGCCCCAAAUCUCUCAACUUUCUCCUGUACAGGACGCCAAAUACAUAUCUCACUUGGACAUGCAUUUCAAGUGAAGGAAAUAAGAUUUUCCUGUCACUAUUCAUCAAACGCACUUUCUUAUGCUAUUACCAAACUUCCAUUCAUUGCGCCAAAUCUCCAAACUCUAUUUCUGUCAACCAGUGAUGAGACUAUCAAUACACCAAUGACGUUAGGCAAAUUCCUCCAGCUGAAGUACUUGGAGAUUACAUUGUGUGCUACAAAUUUUUCUCCGGACUAUGACUUUAGCUCCCUGUUAUCUUUUCUUGAUGCAUCUCCCACCUUGGAGACGUUGAUCAUACGUAUUUGGCUGCCAACCAUUAGGCACGAUUCGAUUCUCGAAGAUCCUGAUGGUGAUUCCUCGCAACUACAAUGCCUCUCAGAAUGCUACCAUGACAACCUCAAGAAUGUGAUGAUAACAGGGUUUUGCUCCGCAAAGAGCAUGGUCGAGCUCACCAUCCACAUUAUGCAGAAAGCAAGGUCACUAGACUGCCUUACGUUAGACACUACCCGUGGCCAUGACAAGAGGUUUGCCAACAUUGAUAGGUGCUGGCCACUCAAUGAGGAGGCACUUGUAGAGGCUGGAAAGGCUCGUGUUGCCAUUGAGAGAUACAUUGAGGAGAGAGUGCCCCCAUCUGUGAACCUGAAGAUUAUCGAGCCGUGCAGCAAGUGCACAUACAGAUAA